ACUUCCCCCUUUUGUUAAUUAAAACUAAGAAGUCAGAAUGGGAACGAUGUGCCCGGCUCCCGUGGAGAAAGCUUAAGGACAGCACGCCACUUCUCUCCUGCCUUCCUUCCGAGAUGGAAAGAGGAGCUCCUAGCUCACUUAAGCCGGGGUAGGGCUGGUUCUCCUUUCCGAGCCAAAAUCCCAGGCGAUGGUGAAUUAUGAACGUGCCACACCAUGAAGCUCUUGUGGCAGGUAACUGUGCACCACACCUGGAAUGCCGUCCUGCUCCCCGUCGUCUACCUCACGGCACAAGUGUGGAUUCUGUGUGCAGCCAUCGCUGCUGCCGCCUCGGCCGGGCCCCAGAACUGCCCCUCCGUCUGCUCGUGCAGUAACCAGUUCAGCAAGGUGGUGUGCACCCGCCGGGGCCUCUCCGAGGUCCCACAGGGCAUCCCCUCCAACACCCGGUACCUCAACCUCAUGGAAAACAAUAUCCAGAUGAUCCAGGCCGACACCUUCCGACACCUCCACCACCUGGAGGUCCUGCAGCUGGGCAGGAACUCCAUCCGGCAGAUCGAGGUGGGGGCCUUCAACGGCCUGGCCAGCCUCAACACCCUGGAGCUGUUCGACAACUGGCUGACUGUCAUCCCCAGCGGGGCCUUCGAAUACCUGUCCAAACUGCGGGAGCUCUGGCUUCGCAACAACCCUAUAGAAAGCAUCCCCUCCUAUGCCUUCAACCGAGUGCCCUCCCUCAUGCGCCUGGACUUGGGGGAGCUCAAGAAGCUGGAGUAUAUCUCUGAGGGCGCCUUUGAGGGGCUCUUCAACCUCAAGUACCUGAACUUGGGUAUGUGCAACAUUAAAGAUAUGCCCAACCUCACCCCCCUGGUGGGGCUGGAGGAGCUGGAGAUGUCAGGGAACCACUUUCCUGAGAUCAGGCCUGGAUCCUUCCAUGGCCUGAGCUCCCUCAAGAAGCUGUGGGUCAUGAACUCGCAGGUGAGCCUGAUUGAGCGGAAUGCUUUCGACGGGCUGGCCUCGCUUGUGGAACUCAACCUGGCUCACAACAACCUCUCCUCUCUGCCCCACGACCUCUUCAGCCCACUGAGGUACCUGGUGGAGUUGCACUUACACCACAAUCCCUGGAACUGUGACUGCGACAUCCUGUGGCUGGCCUGGUGGCUUCGGGAGUAUAUACCCACCAACUCCACGUGCUGCGGCCGCUGUCACGCUCCCAUGCACAUGCGAGGCCGCUACCUGGUGGAGGUGGACCAGGCCUCCUUCCAGUGCUCUGCCCCCUUCAUCAUGGACGCGCCUCGGGACCUCAACAUCUCUGAGAGUCGGAUGGCGGAACUCAAGUGUCGGACUCCCCCCAUGUCCUCGGUGAAGUGGCUGCUGCCCAAUGGGACAGUGCUCAGCCACGCCUCCCGCCACCCGCGCAUCUCUGUCCUCAACGACGGCACCUUGAACUUCUCCCACGUGCUGCUCUCAGACACGGGGGUAUACACAUGCAUGGUGACCAACGUGGCUGGCAACUCCAACGCCUCGGCCUACCUCAACGUGAGCACGGCCGAGCUCAACACCUCCAACUACAGUUUCUUCACCACAGUCACAGUGGAGACCACGGAGAUCUCGCCUGAGGACACCACGAGGAAGUACAAGCCUGUGCCCACCACGUCCACUGGCUACCAGCCGGCAUAUACCACCUCUACCACGGUGCUCAUUCAGACCACCCGUGUGCCCAAGCAGGUGGCGGUACCCGCGACAGACACCACUGACAAGAUGCAGACCAGCCUGGAUGAAGUCAUGAAGACCACCAAGAUCAUCAUUGGUUGCUUUGUGGCAGUGACUCUGCUGGCUGCCGCCAUGUUGAUUGUCUUCUACAAGCUCCGGAAGCGGCACCAGCAGCGGAGUACCGUCACGGCCGCCAGGACAGUUGAGAUUAUCCAGGUGGACGAAGACAUCCCGGCGGCGGCUUCGGCGGCGGCAACAGCGGCUCCAGCCAGUGUAUCAGGUGAGGGGGCAGUAGUGCUGCCCACAAUUCAUGACCAUAUUAACUACAACACCUACAAACCAGCACAUGGGGCCCACUGGACAGAAAACAGCCUGGGGAACUCUCUGCACCCCACAGUCACCACUAUCUCUGAACCUUAUAUAAUUCAGACCCAUACCAAGGACAAGGUACAGGAAACUCAAAUAUGAUGCCCCCUCCCCUCAAAAACUUUAAACGCAAUAGAAUGCACACACACACCACACACACACAUACACACACACACACACGAGACAGCAACUUUUGUACAGAGUGGGGAGAGACUUUUUCUUGUAUAUGCUUAUAUAUUAAAUCUAUGGGCUGGUAAAAAAAAACAGAUUAUAUUAAAAUUUAAAAAGAAAAAAAUCAAAACAAAACUAUUUUCUAACUUGUAAGUUCUAUUUAAAGGGGGCGGGAGGGGAAUCUUGGGAAUGUUGUGGGGUACGCGCCCCAUGUACCUUUGCUCUACUGCCAGAAAAGGUUUCUGGUAAGAGGUUGAACCUGCUAAGGUAAAACUAAAACACCAACAAUUAGCAUCCCUAAAGGGGUAGGGUGUGGGCUGCGGAGGGAACAGGCGGGAUGGGAUGGACUGAACCUGUCCUUUUUUUAGAAGAUGCUUCAUAGGAUACAGGAGUACCCGUUUCUACAGACAUCUUUCUUAAGCCGAGAGCUGUCUUUGCAGAUUAUCUUAUUUAAAAAAAAAAUUCUGAAAAAAGCUCCGUGAAUUUGUACUCUGCCAAAAUGUUGAGAGGCAAUAAUAUUUUUCUCUUCAGAGGCCAAGGGGACGAUAGAUCUGUAGCUGUAGUGCAAACAGGAAAACCACCAGAUUUUUCAAAUGAAUCCUUCGAGGGGCUGAGUGUCGGUCCGUGCGCGCGCCAGGUCUCCGGGGGUUGUGCCGGGGACCAUGUGUCUGAUGGAGUGCUUCCCGAGCAGGGGAGGAAGGGAGCUGUCAGAUGCUUGCACAUUGCACCAGAUUCCUGCAGUGGGGCUGAACCCACUCUGCAAGGCAUGUGUCUAUUCAGGGUUUCCCAGGAGAAGGAGGCGGCCCCUCAAGGGGGUGC